AUGUCCUGUUUUUCUCGAAAAACCAUACUAAUUAUAGGAGUCCUAUUUCAUCUUAUUUAUCUUCGAUCUAUCUUUGAUAUCUAUUUUACAUCACCAUUGGUCCAUGGAAUGCAACAAUUCAAAGUCGAAAGUCAUACCCCCGCAAAAAGACUUUUUCUUAUAAUUGGAGAUGGUCUAAGAGCAGAUAAAUUAUUCGAAUCACAUUUAAACAUUGAGACAAAUACAUAUGAAACGUUUGCGCCAUUUUUACAUUCAAUAGUACUUGAUAAAGGCUGUUUUGGAGUAUCUCAUACUCGUGUUCCAACAGAAUCUAGACCAGGACAUGUUGCUAUUAUAGCGGGUUUUUAUGAAGAUGUUAGUGCAAUAACUAGAGGUUGGAAAACCAACCCUGUUAACUUCGAUUCUAUUUUUAAUCAAUCGCGUCAUACAUGGUCUUUUGGCUCCCCUGAUAUUUUACCUAUGUUUGCAUACGGUGCAUCUGAUGUUUCACGAGUUGAAACAUUUAUGUAUGAAAAAAAGAUGGAGGAUUUUUCUAAAAGUACUUUUUUUAAUCGUAAAAUAUACUCAUAUUUACAAGUAAUUAAAGAUUCUACUAUCUUAGAUACAUGGGUGUUUGAUAAAGUAACAGAAUUAUUUAAAAACUCUACAUCAAAUAAAACUAUAAAAAAAGCACUAUCACAAGAUAAAAUAGUAUUUUUCCUCCAUUUGCUUGGAUUAGACACAGCAGGGCAUUCAUAUCGUCCAUAUUCAAAAGAAUAUCUAAAUAAUAUUAAAGUUGUAGAUACAGGUCUCAAAAAAAUUGUAAAACUUGUAGAAAACUAUUACAAUGAUGAUAAAACUGCAUGGAUAUUUACAUCUGAUCAUGGAAUGAGUAAUCUAGGAAGUCAUGGAGAUGGUCAUCCAGAUAAUACUCGCACACCUUUAAUCGUCUGGGGUCCUGGCAUAAACAAACCUGAUAAGCUAAAUGUUACAGGUCAUGAUAAUUUUUCAAAAAAUUGGUCUGUUAACAUAGUAAAACGUAUAGAUGUUCUUCAAGCAGACAUUGCACCACUUAUGGCCUAUCUUGUUGGACUAAAUUUUCCUAUGAAUUCUGUCGGACGAUUACCUCUAGAUUAUUUAUCGUGUUCUCCUAAUAUUAAAAGUCAAAUCGCUCUCACAAACGCUUUACAAAUAGCUGAACAAUAUAAAAUGAAACAUGAACUAAAAUCUUCAACAAAAAUUGCAUUUAAACCAUUUAAACAUUUAAAUAACAAAACACAUAAUUUAGAUAUCUAUAAAAACAGAAUCGAAACUCUUAUCGAUAACUAUGAAUAUGAUAAAGCAAUCAAACUCUCUAAAGAAAUGAUAGAAUUAUGUUUAGCUGGCUUAAAUUAUUUUCAAACAUACGACAGACUAUUUUUGCAUUCAAUUAUUACACUAGGAUACGUCGGUUGGAUAGUAUUUAUGUUUAUUCAAAUGAUUAAUUCUUAUAUUCCAAAAGAUAUUUAUCAAACUAAAAGAACUUUUUUUUCAUCUGCAGUAUUUUUGUCCAUUUUAUUUGGCCUGUUUACAUUAAUAUAUGUGGAAAAAUCGCCUCUAUUCUAUUGUGCUUACAUUGUCUUCCCUAUCUUUUUCUGGGAACAUAUUUUUAUUAAUAGAAGAAUUAUUUAUAAAUGUUUAGAACUUUUUUCUAGAAACAUAAAAAAAUCAUAUAAAAAUGCAUUUUUUUUUCUAGAUUUUAUAAUAUAUUCAAGUCUUUUAGAAUCUAUAGUCAUUGGAUAUUCUCAAAGGAAAAUUUUCACAGGAUAUUUUAUUCUAAUUUCAUUUUGGCCCUUAACAUAUGGUAUUAAAUUUGUUCAAAACAACAAAACAUUAGUUUUUCUAUGGAUACUAAAUUCUUUAACAAUAAGCAUUUUUACUUUACUUGAUACAGUAAAAAAAGAGAAUUUAGCUCUAAUUUUAACAGGAGGCUUUUUUAUGCUUUUAUCUGGAAUUAUAUAUUUAAUUUUUGGAGACUCGUUAAUAAAAAAACGUAAAAUUAUAUCUAAAAUGCCUAAAGUUAUCAUUAGUUUUCAAUUAGGGUUACUUAUCCUUUCAAUGAUAGUAACACAUUUAAGUGUAUUAUCAUUGCGUGCUAAAAAAGGUUUACCAUUUGGGAAUCAAGUACUUGGAUGGAUGAUUUUAGUUUUAUCAUUGUUAGUUCCACUACUAGUAAGAAAAAAAACAUACUACGUUCAUAAACUUUUCAUAAUUUUUUUAAUGUUCUCACCUAUUUUUAUUAUUCUUUCUAUUUCAUACGAGGCUCUUUUCUAUGUAUGCUUUUUUAGUAUUUUAGUAUUAUGGGUCGAAAUGGAACAUAAAGUUAGACUAACAAAAGCUCAAGAUAAAAAUGCAGAAUUCAAAAAAAACAGAAAAUUAUUUUCAGAAAAUCUAAGAACAUCAUUGUUUUAUCUUUUUUUUAUCCAAGAAGCAUUUUUUGGGACAGGAAACAUUGCAUCUGUAUCAUCUUUUUCUUUAGACUCAGUUUAUAGAUUAAUCGUCAUAUUUAAUCCGUUUUUUCAAGCAACUAUUUUACUAUUUAAACUUUUAAUCCCAUUUAUAAUCAUAUCAGCUAAUUUGGGAAUUCUUAAUCGUAAAUUAGAGAUUCCUCCUUCAACGUUAUUCAUGAUUGUAUUAACAAUGUCUGACAUUUUAACCUUAAAUUUUUUCUAUCUUGUUAAAAAUGAAGGAAGCUGGUUUGAAAUAGGCUCUACUAUUUCUACAUUUUGUAUAGGAAAUUUCUUAAUUAUAUAUAUAAUUAUUUUAGAAAAAAUAUCAGAUUUUUUAAUUGGAAAUUCAUAUAUCACUGCUAAAGAACUUGAGCCAAAAAAAAACUAA